GAAUCCCUAAGUGGGAGCCAGGACUAUAAAUACAGGGCCAGUGGUUGGGAUGGGCAGCCAAAAAAUCCGCCGCUAUGUCCUGCAAGGCUCUGGCUCUCUGCCUCCUGGGGCUCCUGACUCUCUCCUCCGCUUGCUACAUCCAGAACUGCCCCAUCGGGGGCAAACGCGCCGUGCUGGACAUGGACAUCAGGAAGUGCCUGCCCUGCGGUCCCCGGAACAAGGGCCACUGCUUCGGACCCAACAUCUGCUGCGGGGAGGAGCUGGGCUGCUACAUCGGCACCUCGGAAACGCUGCGGUGCCAGGAGGAAAAUUUCCUGCCCACCCCUUGCGAGUCGGGACGCAAACCCUGCGGUUCUGGAGGGAGCUGCGCCGCUCCCGGCAUCUGCUGCAGCACAGAGGGCUGCAGCACUGACUCAUCCUGUGACCAGGAGAUGCUGUUUGUGUAG